GCUCUGCGCUUUCGCAUGAAGCGGACGUUUGACGUCGGGAUAUUCGUAAUUAGUUUGCAUAUCGUGCGCACGUAUCGGCCAUAUAUUUUUUUGCAAUUCGUGUAUUUUCAUCUGCUGUUGAUUUUAUUUGAUUUAAAUGAUUUUUCGCUAGGCAGUGCGCAACCGCACGGAAAAUCCGCGCGGAAGUGCCGCAGCUUCGAUGAGAAUCAAACGGAAAAGCCGUGAGCCUUAAAGCGAAGAAAGGCCACGGGCCGGAAGAGGAAACACCUGAACAGGUCCACUCCAACCAAAGAACGAAAACCUAAGACAGCGAAAAGAAACUUUCGCUUCGAAAUUAAACCAAAGAUAAUUCAAAGAAAAGACUUAGGAAAAAUUAAAAAAAUAAGUGAAAGGACGAAUAAUGUCUUUGUAAUCAACGAUGACCAAAAAACUCCGUGCCGAAAAUUUCAAGAACGAAGAUCAAUUUCAAUUCGUACCAAAGACUUUUUUGAACAAAGGACCUUGAAAAAAAUAAAAGUGCAGCGGGGAAAGAAGAAUAAUAAAACGCGAGUACCUGAUUUUGGGACAUUGUCUGAAAAAAAACGAGAAAGUCGCCAUUAUGAAGAGAGGGGUGUUGGCACCGGGAAACUGAUUGGAAAAAGGGGGCAGGUCUUGGUGAACAUCGGGCAUAAAGGCCCGUGUGAUGGUCUCGGGGUGGUGCCCGUGCGUGCCUUUAAGGCGCCGGGAGUCGCCGCCCCCGCAACAAGCUAAUAAUCGGAACAGUUCUCGGUGUGGGCCGUUCUCCAUCAGCGCUGCGACGGAUCGGGCCGAAAUGGUCCAGAUGUUCUACUAUGAGAACCGCGGCAAAUGCUGCAAAAAAUUGCUGCGGUACAACGGAUAUCCCAACAAGGUCCUUCUAUUUCCGGAGGAGGGUUGGGCUAGAAGCGCAAGUAGUUCCUACUGGACCUUGACGCCAUUCUGGUGGAGUCGAAGUCGAUGCAAAGUUGUCGAGGUAGCCGGAACAAGAAGGUACAGCACGCAAGCAAAAAUGGUGGAUACUGGAACCGGAACGCUGUACAUAAUUGGCUCCUUCAAACGAAUGACCACAGAUCCUGAUUUUAAGUUGUACCUGACAUCGAACGUGUCAUCCAGCGAUUUUAACAUGGGAUACAGUAUGACUGGGACCCUGGAACGAGGUUGUAAGAAAACAAAUUCUUUUCAAAUGACACAUUUCGCAGUAAUUCGGAGACGCGAUUACGAGAAGGCCUAUGAGGAUCCAAAUCCCACCUAGUGCCCGUCCACUCCCACAAUUUCAGAGUGUGGGAAUUGCGAACACUACACGUAGGGUGCCUCCUGGGGGUCUACAUCACCAAUCCUCCAAGCACCAAAAUCACGAUUGUUAGCUCGUCUCUUAUUCAGGUCCGAUUGUUCAUAUACCUAGACCUUAUAAUUAAGAAAAUUAAAAUCUAUUCAUGCAAAAUUUUUAAAAUAUUUUGAAGAGAAUUUUAUAUAUUUUUUUAGUCUACUUCUUUUUCGAUCCAGAUGCAAUUUUUUGACUCGAAAGAUCAGUAUUUUAGGCUCGAGGCAAAUAAGAGGGUGGAUUAGUUUCGAGUUUCAAGGGUCUUAAUUGAAAUAAAUCUCUGAAAGGGGAAUUAAAUCAUAGGAGAAGAGUUUGUAAUUUAAACCGCAAAAUUCCUCAUUCAAUCUGGCAGUGAAUGGAAUUCAUUAGAGAAGGAUGGGAGAAACUUGUCCACAAACUUGCUCAAUAUUAACAUUUUUAAUUUAUUCAGUAGACAAGUCAAUAUUCAUUAAAUUCACUAGUUGUUCAAACUGAAAAAUAUUAAAUCUACGUUUGUAAAUAUGUUUGAGAAUAAAAUAAGCUUUCCCAUUAGAAAAUUUUUAAAUAAAUUCCUGUAAUGGGACUGAAUGAUGAGGCACUCUACGAAAGAGCGAUACGUCCAUGUUAGUAGUAAUUAAGAUCGAAUUAAUUAUAUCGUAAUUUGCGAUAAUGAAGAGAACUUAGGUUGACAGAUAAUCAACUUGUAAUGCUGAUACGACGAACGAUACAUAAGCGAAGUAUAAUGUUAUACAAAGUGAUCGAGUCUUUACCAAAGUACUAGUUUUUAAGUAUUUUCAAGGGCGCCUUUUUUCCUGUAUCUUAAAUAUAACUAUUCGUGUACGUCACUUCUUUCCGAGUCUCAUGGUACAUGUGAUAAGCCAAUUGCUUUAGAAAAAAGAGAAAAUGGUGUAAAAAGUAUAACAAUGUUCCCUCGAGCGUGUGCGGAGGGAACUCAUUUGAAUUAUUCCACUCGAUAAAACUGGAAUUAUAUUU